AAUGUUUAUAUAAAAAUGGAAAUGAAUACAUGUUUGUUUCCUUUUCACUAUCAUUUAAUGCAUAUAAAAGACUUCUAAAACUAAAAUGAUAAGAUUUAAUUGGAUAUGAUAGGAUUAAAAUAUGGUAUUUUUCUCCAUUUCAUCAAUCAUCAAGAAUUGUUCAACGCUAAGCCUUCAAAUAUAUUUAAAUUAUUUAGAGCCAACUCAUUUGAACAAUUUGGCUUUUCUUUUUCCAACCAAUAGACUUAGAGGCAGAGCUUCUUCUUCCCAGUUCCCAUGGCCAACUUCUGUUUCUUUUCUUUUUUAGCCAUUUUCUUCUUUACUGUCCCGGCCGCAUCUCACAACUUCUUCUACGCCGGUUUUCGCGAUCCCACCGCAGCCACCAACUUAACCCUACCGGAUAUCGCCAAAAUCGAAGAGAACGGACUCUUAACGCUUACAGACGAUGGCGGAUUUCAACAGGGCCAUGUGUUCUACGAAUCCCCUGUUCGCUUUAGAAACUCUUCCAACGCCGAUCCUUUUUCCUUCUCUACCAAUUUUGUUUUCGCCAUUGUCAACGAAUUCCCGAAUCUCGGUGGCCAUGGCCUCGCCUUCACCAUUGCGCCCUCCAAAAACCUCCAUGCGCUUCCGGUACAGUUUUUAGGCCUUCUCAAUUCGACCAAUCACGGAGACCCCUCGAACCAUUUAUUUGCCGUUGAGUUCGACACCUUCAAAAAUGCAGAGUUUGAGGACAUCGACGACAACCACAUUGGAAUUGAUCUCAAUAGUUUGAUCUCCAGUGCCUCCACUACAGCCUCUUAUUUCAUUAACGACGGGAACACCAAGCAAUUUAUAAACCUAAAAAGUGGGGCACCAAUUCAAGUUUGGAUUGAUUAUGAUGCCCCUGUAAAUUCUCUCACGGUGGCUCUUUCUCCGUUUUCCACCAAACCUCAGAAGCCAAUUCUGUCGUUUAAUGUCGACCUCUCUCCAAUUCUUUUCGAGUUCAUGUACAUUGGGUUCUCAGCCUCCACGGGCCAAAUGUCAAGUUCUCAUUAUAUUUUAGGUUGGAGUUUCAGUACGGAUGGACCAUCCCAGUCACUGAAUAUUGAUUCUCUGCCUUCGGUUCCCGGGCCGAAGAAUACAUACUCUGAUUUAGCGAUUGGGAUUUCAAUUCUCAUCAUUUUGAUUGUCAUAGCAGGAAUCUUUCUUACUCUUUACAAAAUAAAAAAGAAGAUAGACAUAAUCGAAGCCUGGGAGCUUGAAAUUGGUCCGCAUCGGUACCCUUACAAACAACUGGAACUAGCAACCAAACAGUUUAGCAACAGAGAGCUACUAGGACGUGGCGGAUUUGGAAAAGUUUACAGAGGAACAUUGCCAAAUUCAAAAACCCGCGUGGCUGUGAAGCGAAUUUCCCACGAAUCCAAGCAGGGCCUCCGUGAAUUUAUGUCGGAAAUCACAAUCAUCGGUCGGCUUCGUCACCGGAACUUAGUUCAAUUACUGGGAUGGUGUCGUCAUGGCGGAAAUGAAGAUCUGCUUCUUGUUUACGAGUUUAUGGUAAAUGGGAGUUUGGAUAGUUACAUAUUCGGCAAACCAAAAGUGAUUUUGAGUUGGGAACAAAGGUUUAAGAUCAUAAACGGCGUUGCUUCCGGCCUUCUAUACUUGCACGAAGGAUACGAACAGGUGGUCAUUCAUCGAGACGUGAAGGCCAGCAAUGUUUUACUCGACGACGAAAUGAACGGAAAACUAAGCGAUUUCGGCCUCGCCAAACUCUAUGAACACGGCGAGAAUCCGACAACAACACGGGUCGUCGGAACUGUCGGCUACCUAGCGCCGGAGCUGCACAGAACCGGAAAAGCCACAACCAGCUCUGAUGUUUACGCGUUCGGCGCACUUGUGCUUGAAGUGGCCUGCGGCCGCCGGCCAAUCGGCCCGAGAGAGGUGCCGGAGGAGAUAGUGCUGGUGGACUGGGUUUGGGAGAAAUACAAAGAGAAGAAAUUAUUGGAAGUAAUGGACGAGAAAUUGAAGGGGGAUUUCAAUGAGGUCGAGGCAGUGAUGAUUUUGAAAUUGGGGUUGCUGUGUUCGAAGGAUUCGGCAGCGGCGCGGCCGAGUAUGCGUCUUGUGAUGCGGUGUUUGGACGGUGAGAUUGGAGUUCCCGACGAGAUUACGGGUCCGAGAAUGGUGGAAGGAGCCGAUGAAUUUGUGGAUUCGUGGAGUGAUAACAGAGACAUCACUUCUGCUUCUUUAUCCACUUCGUCUCUUUCGAUUCUCGACGGUAGAAGUUGAUAUCAAUUUGUAAUUGCAAACAUUAUUAAGUCUUCAACUUUCAAAUUUUUUUUAUAAAGUGAAUGUAUGCAAAAUAAAAUUAAACACAAAUUUGAAACUUCAUAAUUUGAAAAUUAAACCAAAUAAAAGUUGAAAGGGAAAGAAAGAAAAGAUAAUGAUAGGUGCAAAGAAGAAAUAAACAAGUAAUAGCAAACCAAGAUUGACCAUAAUUUUCUUA